AUGGACCACAUGGAGAUUCCCGUUAUCAAUACGGAUGAGACCCUGUUCUCUGUGAUCCCAAAACUCUCCCGAUUCAUCAGCAUGGCAGUAGGCGAUAUGCCAGUCUCUUUUGAAGAUAUGCAGCAUGAACCUCGAGGGCAUCGUCUCCGUCAAUUAGUACAUGUCUUGGCUGAAGAUAGUCAUAAUCCAUUCAUUAUAGUGGCCCUCAUGAUUCUCAAAUGGGAAUUUACGGGCGCCGCUGAUGAUGACUGGGGGUUGAAUGAAAGCAGAGGCACAGCCUGCGAGUUCGUCGCAUGGCAAUUUUUGUGUCACUUGAAUCAGAGUGAAACCAUUGAAUUUCUGCUAGAAGAACUUCCAAUUCCUCGUCGCAACUCCACGAACCUUUUUGAGAUAGAAAGAGGAGAUGCUGGGUUUACAUUUGCAGAAGAAACGGAAGCAACAGAGGCAACGCCCCUUUUACCUCGCUCGUCAAGUCCCCUUAAUCUCCUCGGUCUUGGUCAAAGAAGCGGGAGCAUCCAAAAUGAUCAAGAUAACCCCAAGCAGCAUGAUUCAGCCAAUGAGACGCCCGAUUUUUCACGAUACUUUCAGUUUUUUGGCCUAAACGCCUUGGAGGUCGCUGCUGUUGCUCAAGCUAAGAGCUUCCUCAGCCAACGUGUUGUUCAACGCGUCGUGAAUGAUAUAUGGAAUGGAGAAAUUGUUUUUUGGGACUCACUUACCGUUCAUUCCACGAAGAAACCACAUAUUUUCAACAGAAAGUGA